AUGACAUCGUGGAGAUAUAUAGCUGCCCUUUAUGCACGAUGUUUUGGUAUUCCAAUAUUAAGUUUAGGAAUAGUGGGUGAUAUUUUAAAUAUAUUCAUAUUUUCAACAGUCAGUAUGUACCGUCAAACACCAUCAACAUUUUAUCUAUUAUGUGCGGUUAUUGCAAAUUUUAUUCAUCUAACAAGUGCCAUGAGCACAAGAAUACUUAUUGUUGGUUUUGAUAGUGAUUUAACACGUUCAUCUAUUAUUUGGUGUAAAAUUCGUCAGUUUAUUAUUGCAACUUAUGCUCCAUUAGGAUUAACAUUUGGAUCUUUAGCAACUUUUGAUCAAUAUUUAGUGACAUCACGUAAUGCUCGUUUACGACAAUUCAGUAAUAUUAAAAAUGCUCAUCGAAUUGCUGUUGUAUUUAUUAUUAUUUGGCAUGUUCAUAGUAUUCCAUUUCUCAUUUACAAUCAAAUACAGUAA